AUGAAGGCGCAGGUGGAGUUUGUCACACUCGAGUCGAAUGGUAUUGCUUCCACCUCACCGGAGUUACUUACCACGGACAAUCCCGCUGCGAACCAAGGUCAAAAUUAUGAGGGCGGUGAAGCUAAUGUUGCAGGCCCAGGUGAAAGGGAUGAUGAUAGCAGUGUAACCGAAAUUGAAUCAGAACCACUGAUUGAGGACCGACCAGAGGAGGUACAGGUCUUCUCCUUUGCACAAAUCCUCUCAGCCAUUUUUGGGUCCUUUGUGCACGGCGCCAACGACGUGAGUAAUGCCGUCGGACCCGUGGUGGGUUUAUGGUUAGUGGCCAUCUCCGGCAAUCCACUUGAAUCGGCUCCCCCGCCAAUCUGGAUCCUCUUUUAUGGCGGUGUCGGCAUCUCCAUCGGUCUCUGGGUGUGGGGUCGCAAGGUCAUGGAGACUGUCGGUUCUGAUCUAACUACCAUCACGCCUUCCAGUGGUGUGUGCAUCGAAGUGGGAUCUGCGGUGACAGUGUUGAUAGCCAGCAAUCUGGGUAUCCCCAUCUCGACAACUCACUGCAAGGUAGGUUCAGUGGUGUGUGUGGGACGUUUCCGCGCCAAGUCUAACGUCAACUGGAGGCUCUUCAUUAACAUUGUGAUUGCCUGGGUCGUCACCCUUCCCGUCUCGGCUGGACUCUCAGCUCUUAUCAUGUAUGCAUUUACCAGAACUCAACCUCUCCUGUCCACACCUUAG